UAUAAAAUUCCAAGUUCAAAGUGUGAUCUGAGCUCUAAUAUUGUAAGAUAACCAUGCAGACCAUAAACCUUUUAAUACAUCCACACCGACGCCUGCCGCUGCUACUACUACGACGACUACCGCGGCAGCACGCACUGUCCCUCUCUCCCUCAGUCCACACAGGGUCACACCAUGAGACUGGUGCUCCCUAACCCAGGACUGGAUCUCAGGAUUCCUAACCAUGAGGACCUGGACAGGAUUGAGAAGGAAGAGGCCGGCGGGAGGCAGAAGUGGGACAACAAAGCCCAGUACAUCCUGACCUGCGUGGGCUUCUGCAUUGGGCUGGGGAACGUGUGGAGGUUUCCUUACCUGUGCCAAAGUCAUGGGGGAGGUGCAUUUCUGAUCCCCUACCUCAUUCUGCUGGUGCUGGAGGGCAUGCCUCUCCUGCUGCUGGAGUUCGCCAUGGGUCAGCGUCUGAGGAAAGGCAGUGUGGGAGUGUGGAGGUCCAUCAACCCAUAUCUGACUGGAAUAGGUAUAGCCUCCAUGCUGGUGUCCUUUCUGGUCGCACUCUACUACAACACCUUGAUCGCCUGGAUCCUGUGGUAUCUUUUCAACUCCUUCCAAAGCCCUCUGCCUUGGGCACAGUGUCCUCUGAACGACAACGGGACAGGAUUUAUACCAGAGUGUGAACAGAGCUCCACUGUGGAUUAUUUCUUUUACAGAGUGACCCUGAACACCACAGCCUCUAUAGAAGACUCUGGAGGAAUCCACUGGCCCAUAGUGGUCUGCCUGUUAGCUGCCUGGACGGUUGUCGCCAUCUGCUGUAUAAGAGGAAUUAGCAGCACAGGCAAGGCGGUGUACGUCACUGCCAUUCUACCGUACGUGGUGCUGGGCAUUUUCCUGGUCAGAGGACUGACGCUCAAAGGGUCCUGGACUGGAAUCAAGUUUCUGUUCACGCCAGACGUGAACGAGUUGAUUGAACCGACGACCUGGUUGGACGCGGGAGCUCAAGUCUUCUAUGCUUUCGGUUUAGCAUGGGGAGGUCUCAUCUCUUUUUCAAGCUACAACCCUGUGCACAACAACUGUGUGCAGGACGCUGUCAUCCUGUCAGUAGUCACGGCCUUGACGUCAGUCUACGCCGCUGUAGUCACGUACACCAUCAUCGGAUUUAGAGCCACUGAGAAGUAUGAAAACUGCAUAAGUGGAAACAUCAUGACGUUAAUAAAUGCAUUCGAUCUUCCUGAAAACAACGUCACUACGAGCAACUACGAGGCGAUGCUGGGUCACCUCAACAACACUUACCCGGACGUCAUUCCGAGAUUGGACAUUAGGACAUGUGACAUGCAUAAACUUCUCAGUGAGGGAGUGGAGGGAACAGGUCUGGCUUUUAUCGUGUUUACAGAGGCCAUCACCAACAUGCCCGGUUCUCCCAUCUGGUCUGUGCUCUUCUUCCUCAUGCUUUUCUGUCUGGGACUGUCAACUCUGUUCGGCAACAUCGAAGGAGUGGUGGUCCCGUUGAAAGAUUUAAAAGUAUUUCCGAAAAAUUGGCCGCACGAAGCACUGACAGGAAUUACCUGCGUUGUGGCCUUCAUCAUCUGCCUCCUGUUCGCCCAACGCUCAGGGUUUUACUGGGUGACGGUCUUUGACAGCUUCGCAGGAUCAGUUCCACUUCUGACUGUUGGGCUGUUCGAGAUGAUAGCCGUCGUUUACAUCUACGGUGUAGACAGGCUCAAUGCCGAUAUAAAGUUCAUGGUUGGUUAUAAGCCCUCCAUCUUCUGGCAGGUGAUGUGGAGGGUCGUCAGUCCUCUGAUUGUCUUCAUAAUAUUAGUUUUCUACCUGGUGACACAAGCUCAGUCACAACUUCGAUAUUUAGUCUGGGAUCCGAAUUCUGAGGAGUUCCCGUCUCUGGUGUCAUCUCUGUAUCCAACCUGGAUCAAUGCUGUCAUUUUCCUCUUGGCUGGAGUUCCCAGUAUCGCAACGCCCGUCUAUGCAUUGUGCAGACUGGUCUAUGUUCGCUGUAAGAAACAAUAACAGACACUGAGAUACACUUCUUCCAACCAGUCGUUACCUGUGCUGCUAACUGCGGGACAACGUGUGGGAAAUAUAACAACCAGAGAUACCACGAUGAAGGACAUAUUUGUUCUGAUGUUUACCAAACAGCUAAACUCGGGCAUCGAAGGAGGGCUGCUGAUCGUUGAUAGUCGCUACAUCACAAAUUAGCAGAAUGUGCUAAACCACAAACGCAUCGCCUGAACUGCACAAGAUCACAGAUUUCUAAUUUACACCCAAUAAAAUUGCACCUUUUUUUAACUAAAACCAAUAGGUUUUAUUCCUGUUUUUUUUUUUUUUUUUGUUAACACUGAAAGCUUAGAAGGAAGUUCGAUUCCACAUUUUAAACAAUGUUCUAGGUGACUGCUGGUGCACAUCUAUUUUAUUAAUGUAUGCACUUAUUUUUAACAAUAAAUAUAUAAUAACAAAUGUGUGACUUUCAGUCUGUGUGUUUAUUUUUACUUUUUUUUUUCUUUUUACAAAUCAGGAAAGUGAUGUUUACAAUGUAUCCCCAUUUUUCCAAACAUCUGGUUCGCCCGUACUUUCUUUGUACAACCCGUCAAAUGCAAACGUUUAGAAAUACAGUAACCGUCUUUGUUAUUCAUGUAAAUAAAAAUACUCUUACAUAAUGUGUGUACACUGUGUAAUUGCUGAUGCUUAUCUGCGCACUUCUGCACUAACAUACACAGUGUUGACAAUGUGUGCGUUACAUCACUGCACUAAUGCUGCAAUACACCACCCAGUAAUGACCUCUUAUGUAAUCAUCAUCAAUAGCUCCGCCGUGAAAGCACAGAUAACUGUAUAGCGAGUGUAAGCGCUGUUUAAAAUACUCCUGCGGACGUUUGAGUAAUUUCAACAUUGUUACAAUUUCGAGUACUUUCAGUGCGUCUCUUUACUAACGUUACUUGACAAGUAUUAAUGAAUUUCAUAUCGAAAACUACAAGUUCAGAGUGUUCACGCUCUAAUCUGUGGCCUACCUUCUUAAAGAUAACAUAAAAGGCCAUAAAGCAGUAAAUGAUGCUACACGAACCCCAAGUAACUUGGACAGACCCUGUCCCUCUCUCCCUCAGUCCACACAGGGUCACACCAUGAGACUGGUGCUCCCUAACCCAGGACUGGAUCUCAGGAUUCCUAACCAUGAGGACCUGGACAGGAUUGAGAAGGAAGAGGCCGGCGGGAGGCAGAAGUGGGACAACAAAGCCCAGUACAUCCUGACCUGCGUGGGCUUCUGCAUUGGGCUGGGGAACGUGUGGAGGUUUCCUUACCUGUGC